GGUUGGAGUCUCUUCGAGACAGUGCCCACUCGACGCCUGUGCGCUCCGUCUCCCAUGGCGACUCCUUCAUGUCUUCUCGAGGCCAGAUGGUGGAUGGCAGCGAGGCGAGCACGUCAGCAGUCAUCUCCGACGAGGCCUACAGCCCCUCAGACAGCGUGCUGCCUACACCAGUGGCAGAACACGGGAUGGAACCUUUGGCCCGUCACCUCAACGGCGCUCCCUGCAGCAUCGACGAGGAGAAGGAUUCAGAGGCGGGGACGUCGAAGGAGGGGCAGGCGGCUGAGUUUGGGCCUGGCAGGAGAGCAUUGCGUAUGGUCCGGAGCCGGCCGUCACCACCCAGCGACGUAGAGGAGCUCAACAAGUUCAUCCUGAGCGUGUUGCGUCUGUUCCUGGUCACCAUCGGACUGCUGUUCGCCCUGCUGCUGCUCCUCAUCAUGCUGACAGAAUCAGACCUGGACAUUGCCUUCCUGAGAGACAUCCGCAAGACGCCCGAAUUCCAGCAGUUCCACUUUGAAUACUUCUGCCCUCUGCGGCGCUGGUUUGCCUGUAAGUUACGAUGGAUGGGAGGUUUCCUCGUCAGUAAGUGAGGCCAAGUGAAAAACUGAAGAAGAGACUAAAUGACUCAACACAGGCUUCCGCUGAUGGAAAUGGGACACGUACAACAAACAGGUCAGGAAAUGAGGAGGGAAAAGGAAAAAAAGAUGACAGCCCUGUUCCUAAUACGAGCUUCUCCCAGGAAGGAGGUUCUGUCACAAGCCACGGACCGUCCUCUGAAGAGCCUUGUUUAUUAUGUUUGACCAUCACUACGAGGAAAGGAAAUCACAUUUUACUUUAGAAAUUCAGGUCAUCUCAAGGUAUUUUAUUUUUACACAAAGUCACGGUGACAGGGUUUAAUUUAAACGCUGAACCAGGUCUGACAGACACUCACUUAUUCAACCACAGAUAAUAGUUGCCUUUAUUUUUGUAUUAAUUUAUAUGUUGUAACAUUACUGUAAGACGGAACGACCUGAAGUGUUGGGGUGCGCGUUGGAAGACCUGAAAGUUUGAGUAAAGUUUUGAGAGAAGAAAAGAUGGGGGCCAGUCUAGCUCGUCAAGUUUUACGUCGACGGCAACAACGUUCACGAUAAUUAGAAGUCGCCGUGGUCGCUGUUUUGAGAUGGACCAGUGUCAAGGGGGGGGGUUAGUUAGAGAAAGUGUGAAAUGGAAAAAUAAGCAGCACUUAUUGAAUGUAGAUGAGUUCUGAGUCUGGAAUGUUAUCGCUCGUUUUAUACAAUUCUUAGGCAGAUACAAAUACACUUUACACACCUUCCUGAAUUGU